CAAGUACAAGUGCCAUGAAGGAGGGUGUGGCGCUUGCAUCGUCAGUGCACUCAAGAGCCCCGGCACUGCACCGAUUGGUGUCAACUCUUGCAUGGUGUCAAUAACAUCAUGCCAGGACUGGGAUAUCGAGACCAUCGAGAAGGUUGGCAACCGCUUGGAUGGAUACCAUCCGCUGCAGAAGACCCUCGCGGAGACGAAUGGAUCCCAGUGCGGAUACUGCUCCCCAGGGAUGAUCAUGAAUAUGUACAGUCUUUUAAAAUCGAAGCCACUUACAAUGCUUGAGAUAGAGAAGUCUCUUGGGAGCAACAUCUGCAGAUGUACAGGAUACAGGCCAAUAUUGGAAGCUUUUAAGAAAUUCGCGAGUGAUGCCCCGAUACCAACCCUGCUAGAUAUUGAAGACUUGAAAAUUUGUGACAAAACUGGGCAGGCGUGCUCCAAAGAAAAAUGUGAACAAUCUGAUUGGUGCAUGAUUUCCGGAAACGAAGUGAUUAAUGAAGUUUUACAUAUCAAAUUGAAGGAUAAUAAGGAUUGGUACAGGGCUAGUACUUUAUUAGAUGUGUUUGAUAUUUGGAGGACGAAUGGCGUAGAAUCUUAUAUGUUGGUAGCUGGGAAUACUGCCAAAGGAGUAUAUCCUAUACUAGACUAUCCCAGAUCACUGAUCGAUAUCAGUUGCGUCCAAGAAUUAAAGGGUUACUAUGUAGACCAAAACUUAGUGAUUGGAGGUGGAAAUUCACUAGCAGAUGUAAUAAACAUAUUCAAAACAGUCGCUGAAAUUGAUGGUUUUAACUAUCUCAGUGUGUUGAAUAAUCAUUUGCAGUUAGUUGCACAUACUACCAUAAAAAACUUAGCAACGUUGGCUGGAAAUUUGAUGAUAAAGAAUCGAUACCCCGAUUUUAAGUCUGAUAUUUUUAUUCUACUCGAAACAGUUGGAGCUCAAAUUACUAUACUAAAAAGCGAUGGGCAAAAGCAAAUGAUAACAACACAAGCUUUUCUGAAAGAAGAUAUGAAGGGAAAAAUCCUCCUAAACAUAAUUUGUCCACCGCUGAGUUUAGAAACCAAAAUAGUAACAUACAAGAUAAUGCCGCGAUCCCAAAGCGUCCAUGCUCUAGUUCACGCAGGAUUUCUUUACAAACUAAGCGAAAACCAUACAGUACAAGAAUGUAAAAUUGUAUAUGGAGGUCUUUCUCCAAAUUUUACCCGUGCAUUCAAAACUGAGCGUUUUUUGAUCGGUAAAAAUUUGUUCGUAAAUGAAACCUUGAAACCAGCUCUGGACAUGUUGAAUAAAGAGUUAGUGGUGGUCGAAAAUUUGCCAGAACCGCCAGUACAGUACCGUCGGCAGGUGGCUUUGGGACUCUUUUAUAAGGGUCUCCUUUCGUUAUGUCCACCAAACAAGAUGAACAUACGUUACCAUUCCGGAGCUAUCAAUCUUCGAGACACUAGGCCGGUGUCUGAGGGGCAUCAGGUUUUCGACACUAACCCAGACAUGUGGCCAUUGAACAAACCUAUGCCCAAACUCGAUGCAUUGAUCCAAUGUGCCGGAGAAGCCAAAUAUACCGAUGACCUUCCAUCGCUCCCAGGGGAAGUGUUCCUGGCGUUUGUUCUAGCUAAAGUUCCCCUUGCAACUAUAAAGAAUAUCGAUCCUGCUCAAGCUUUGAGUGUACCUGGGGUUGUAGCGUUUUAUUCAGCGGCAGAUAUACCGGGAGUAAAUAGUUACAUACCAGCUCCUAAUAAUUUUAAUAUAGUCGAUGAAGAAUUGUUUUGUAACGGUGAAGUAAAAUACUAUGAUCAGCCUCUUGGUAUUAUUGUAGCUGAAUCCCAAGCUAUAGCUUCUAAAGCCGCUACUUUAGUUCAUGUUGAGUAUAUUAAUAUUAAAAAACCAAUUAUCGAGUUAAAAAAAGCUAUAAAUGAUCCAUCUCGAGUCAAAGUUUUCGCAUCAACUGAGGCAACAAGUAGAGGAACUGAUGUCGCUAAAGUGAUUAAAGGAAGUGACACUAUUUAUGGGCAGUAUCAUUUUCCUAUGGAGACCUUAGCUGCAGUGGUUCAUCCGACGGAAGAAGGAUUGAAGAUCUACGCCACGACGCAGUGGACAGAUCUGACACAUCAAGCUACCUCGAGGGUUUUAAAAUUAGACCAAAGCAGGAUCGAUGUUUUCGUCCGAAGACUCGGCGGUGGCUUUGGUUAUAAAUUAACUCGAUCCACGCAAGUUGCAGUGGCCGCUGCUCUUGCUGCUUUCAAACUCAAUCGACCCUGUCGUUUUGUCAAUCCUCUAAGCAUUAACAUGAGAGCCAGUGAAAAACGCGCUCCAGCUCACAGACAGUUUGAAGUUGGAGUUAAUGCCAAUGGAGUAAUUCAAUACGUUACUUGUGACUUAUAUAGUGACGACGGCUAUAUCAAAAACGAGCCUCUUUUGAAUCUAGGUCUUGAUUGUUACUACAACUGUUAUAAGAAGGAUCCAUGGAAGUACACAGCGUAUACUGCUGUUACCGACACUGCUUCAAAUACUUGGUGUAGAUCACCUGGUACUCUCGAAAAUAUUGCAAUGGCCGAAUUGAUGAUAGAAAAAAUUGCUUGUGAACUAAAUUUAGACCCACUCGAAGUGCGCUUAGCAAACUUGGAUAUGGAGAAACAUAGUGACAUAAAAGACAUGACUGAAACGAUAAAAAAUAACGCGCAGUAUGAUGAGCGCAAGAUAGCAGUUGACACAUUCAAUAAAAAUAAUAGAUGGAAGAAACGUGGGCUACGAUUUUGUUUGAUCAACUGGACUCCAUUCGGAUACCUUAACUUUGAUGUAAAUUUGACUCUGUAUUCAGAUGACGGUACUGUCGUCAUAACACAUUCUGGGGUAGAAAUGGGGCAAGGUGUUAAUACGAAGGCAAUUCAAACGUGUGCAUAUUUAUUGAAAAUACCCGUAGAAAAAAUUCAGAUAAAGCCUAAUGACACUGUCAUUGCACCCAAUGCUGGGUUCUCAGGCGGCAGCUUAACUACCCAGCACAUUACUUUUGCCCUAAAAAGAUGUUGCAAUGAACUGUUAACUAGGCUUGAACCUAUAAGACAACAGAUGACCAAUCCUACUUGGGCAGAGUUAGCGAAAAAAGCCUAUGGCUCGCAGGUUGACUUACAAGUACACGGUUACACUACUUCAGAUGAUAUGCUGGAUUAUACUGUAGGUGGGGUAGCAUUAGCAGAAGUUGAAAUAGACGUUUUAACGGGCGAAUCGCAAAUCAUACAAGUUGAUAUAGUCCAAGAUGUUGGUAUGAGUUUUAACCCUGACUUGGAUAUUGGACAGAUAGAAGGUGCAUUUAUAAUGGGCCUCGGUUACUGGACGUGCGAGAAUUUAGUUUACGAGCCCAAUACCGGCGAGUUGUUGACUAACCGUACUUGGGAAUACUGGGUCCCUCAAGUUUUAGAUAUUCCGCAAAAUCUGAGGGUCUACUUUAAGAAGCGAGGUUAUACUCGUAGUAGUGAUGUCGUAUUUGGGGCUAAAGGUGUCGGUGAACCAGGCUCAUGUAUGGGUAUUGUUGUUCCUAUUGCGAUGAAAGCGGCGAUCACAGCAGCUCGGCUUGAUUCCGGGAUACCUGCCACACAGUGGUUCCAGAUAGAUGGCCCAUAUACUGUGGAUAAAAUUUGUACGGCAACUGCAACGAGAUUAGAUGAAUUCAGAUUUUACUAAACAAUAAAAUCAGUUUUUUUUUUUGUAAUGCAUUUUUUGCGCAGAU